AUGUCUCUCAACAUCACGGCAGCCUCGAUGGAAGGGGUCAACCAUGGGCCCUACCUCCCGACACCUCCACCCACUCCCGCUGUACCGCCCUCUUCUCCUGCCUCGCCCACUUCUGAUGGCCCCAGCGGCCUGCCGACUCCUCCCGACUCUCGCCCCAAUUCACCGGAGUCUGGUAUCAAUGGCCCUACGGCAGCGGCGGCGGCAACCCAGGCGACCGUCUCGGUGGCAGCAAGCCAGGCGAUGAGAACUCCUCGCCGCCCAACCGGCGGAUCUGUCUACACGCCCGUCCGCAACUUCAGCGGCGCCGGCCAGUUCAAGAGGUGCCUGCGAUGCCUCAGGAAUGUGCCCCUGAAGUGCAUGGCCGACCACAUGAAGGUGCACAACAUGGAAGGGUCGGGAAGCGUCCUAGUCCCUGAGGCGCGCCGCUGCGCCAACUGCGUCUCCAAGCAUCGCGAGUGCCGCGUCAAGUUCAACCCCAGCGAAAAGGGCUGCAACACGAUUCGCUGCCGCUGCUGCCUCAAGUACAAGGAGAAAUGCGACUUUCGCUCCCGCUACCACGUCAGGCAGGUCAACAAGCUUACUAUUCAUCCUGCGCUGUAA